UUUCCCAUUCAUUCUUCCAUGCAUCCAUCCAUUCAUCUAUCCAAGCAUGCAUUCCCUCAUGCUUGCACACUCUUAUUCAUUCAUCAUGCAUUUCCUUAUGCAUGCAUCUGUUAACCCAUAUCUAAAUCCUCCUCUUCGACAGGCCCUGGGAAGAUGACCCCAUCCUCAAGGAGCUCUCAGGCUCCCAUUGUAGACUUCCUGGAGUAAUUGUCUGUUUUCUCUGACUGUGUCAGUCUCCCCUGCAGUGACAAUGUCUCAGGCUUCAACGUCCUCGGACUUGGUAGCAAUUACUUGCCACGUGCAGAGAUUCUAUCCACAAAGUGUGCAACUCACCUGGCUGGAGAACUGCGAUACAUUCAAGGGAGCUGAGCCAUCCACACCCAAGAAGAAUGUUGAUGGGACCUACACCCUGGAAAGCUUGCAGUGGGUGAAUGCAUCAGGGCACGGGUCUGAGAGGGUAUUCACCUGUAAGGUACAGCAUGAGGCACAGCCUCCCAUCUGGGCCAACCUCAUACUGUCCCCAGCAGCCCACGGGACAUACAAGCCCAUUGAAAGCCCAGGUCCAGAGAUACCUGCCCUUGUAUUUGUGGCUUUCCUCCUGGGCCUCAAGCUGCUGCUGGUGACAAGUUUCACAGUCACCUACAUCCACAGGUGGUGGAACCUGUAACAGGUAAAUUGGGGGGAGGCCUUAGUCAUGAGGGAGGAGGUCAG